CGAGAGUUCAGCCAGCCUGCUCUGAAUGGGGCCUCCACCAUAUGAGUUGACAUGGAGGAUGAAGAUGGCACUUGUUUACUCGAUGUUUUGUGUGACCCACAAGCUCUGAAUGACUUCCUUCAUGGAACCAAUGAGCUGGAGAAUGAAGACCUUCUCAUUAACUCCUCCUCUGGGGAGCCCUCCCUCUUUGCAGAUGCCCCAAGCCCGGUCUCCCUGUUGGCUGACAACACCCCCUCCCAGGACACGCCCCCUCCAGGCUGCGUGGAUCUGUCCUUCCUGGAGGAGGCACUUCUGGGUUCUCCUGAGGGAGGAGGGGGCCCGGAGGUGGGAGGCGCGGUGGGGGCGGGGGAGGAGGAGGAGGCCUGCGACAUUCUGCAGCAGAGCCUGCAGGAGGCUGACAUCACAGAGCAGACUCUGGCCCUGGAGGCGGGGCUGGCUCCACCUGGGGAAGCCCUGUCGCUCUAUCCUCCUGGCACGGUGCUCGCCCCUCCUGCAUCCCACUUCCUGUCCAAACCGCUGAACAUCCCCCCUCUGCCGGCCAUGCCCCGCGACACGCAGGCCGCCGUGGAGCCGCCCCAGCCGUCCCUGCUGGCCGUGGGGCCGGGCUGCCCCUCGCUGAAGCCGGCCGCUCCUCAGAUGAUGGGGCUCCUUCCAGGAACCGUGUUCCCCGUGCCCCCUCCGGAUGCCUCCUUUUCUCUCAGCCCUGCCCAGGGAUCGGGGAUGGUCAUUCAGAAGGCCCUGCCCAGCCUGACAGGUCGCCCCCUGCUGGCCCCCACGCUGAGGGCCACGGCUGCCCACGGCAUCCUCCUGCCGCGAGGGCCGCUGCCCAUCCAACCCAAGCUCCCUGUCAGCAUCCAGCCUCGCCUGGUGCAGAUCAGCCCCAAGCCCCCCGGGCAGAAGACGUCCCCUGGCCUUACGUUUGUGCCUGGAACGGCAUCGUCCAACAUCCUGCUAUCCCCCACCCUGGGCCCCAAGCAGCAGCCGCCUGCCCCGAACCUCAGCAAGCCCGUCAGCCUGCAGCUGGUAAAUCAGGGCGGCUCAAUCGUGAUCCAGCCCCCGGGGCUUCUGCAAGGCCACAACCAGUUCCUGCUUCCCGGCCAGACCCCUGUGACGGUGUCCCAGCCCGCCAGCGCUCCCCGGCCCCUGCUCACCACGGCCAGCCCCCAGGGUCCCUCGUUGCGGGGCGGGGCUCCUUCUGGACAGCUGGUGGACGGCACUCAGAUCCUGACAGCCUCACCCAGGCAGCUGAACUUCAGCCCCGUGUUCACCACACCGACCGGACAGCUGGCCGUGCGGCAGGGCGCCCUCCUGUCGGGACCCCUGCAGCUGCAGUCUGCACCCCCCGCCGUCUUCCAGAUGCCGGCACAGCUGGCUGGAACCUACACCCCGCAGGGGCAGGGGCAGCGGGGCGCCUUGCUCCACGGCGCAGCCCUGGGUAACCACAUCACCCUGAUCAACAGCCCUGCCAUGCUGGCCCCCGACAUGACUUCCAUCUCCAUCGUCAACGGCCCGUCUGUGGUGCAGGGCCUGCCAUUCGCCCCCCAGGGCCAGCAGCCCAUCCCAGCAGUGCAGGACAAGCAGCUGAACCUCCCCCAGGCCUCCGUGCUCCUGCUGCCCGACAGGCCGGGCCUGGAGGAGACGGGCGCCAGCGAGGAGCAGUUCCUCCACCUCCAGCGGCCAAAUCAGCAUCUCCUCCAGCAAGCCCCCCAGCCGUCCCCGGCGGAGCUCCAGCUGCCCCCUCCCGUGGUGACCCUACUGCAGCCGCUGCCUGAGGGCCCCCUGCCCCACGAGCCGGCCACGCCCUUGCCCAAACACCUGAUGCCACAGACAGACAGGCAGCAGGUGCUGGAGGAGGUCCCCAGCCUCCCUCUUCAGAAACAGGGCCAUGUGCACCAUAUGCAACAGGUGAACCAGCAGGCUCUUGAGCUUCCCUCCCCCCCUGUGGACAGCUUGGCUGGGACCCUGCCAAUGCAGAUUUCCCCACCGUCCUCCUCCUUAGCCAAUCAGAGGGAGUCAGCCACCCCCACGCUUCCCACAAUGGGCCAGACAAUAAGCCUGCCGGUGACACAGAAUCCCGCUGCGGUGACCACUCCCACCCACCCAGGGAAUGAGCAAACGGGGGCACACCCGUCUCUGAUUGGGCAGACCCCUCUGAGCGUGCCCCCGGUUAGCUUCUCCUCGCCCUCAGGCGGGCAGGCUGUGAGUCUGUCUAGGCCGGGCCCCGGCAAGGCAGCCGCUCAGGUGCGAGCCGUGGCUCCAGGAGGCGCGGUCUCCUCCCCUCUGCCUGUGAGUCUCUCCGUUCAGCUGCAGACAGUGCCUACGCCUGCACCUGUGUGCCCUCGGGUACAGAAUGACCACCCGGCCCAACAGCGGACGCAAGGUAAACCAGCAGCAGCUUUGACUGUGGACGGUAAUAUGCUAGCUUUUGGAGUUUGUCCAGCCUCCCCCAAAGUCCAAGGCCCCCAGGUCCCAGGGCCACACCUUCACAAGCAACAUGCACAGGAGUCCCAGAUCCAGACAGUGCUGCAGCAGAGGACACAGGUAAGUACCUGUGUGGAAACAGAGAGAGAAGAGAGGCUUUCCCUUGCAAUGCGCAGACACAGGUUCCAACAGCAGCUGUGUUUGGACCAUGGUCUGGUUCUGAACCCUGAUUCCCGCUCUCCGUUCCUGUCCCUGGAAGACGCUGUCAGUCGCCUGUUGCCAUACCACACAUGUGCCGGAUACCUUCCCGGCCAGACCUGUUUCCUCACAGUGGAUGAGCAGUUUGACACUGUGUCAGGGAUCCUGCUGAAACGUACCAAGGACAUGCUCAACAAGUACCGGCAGCUGUUGCUUGGCGAGGCGCAGCAGGUGAGCCCGUCUGCAGAGAUGGUGAUGCUGGAGCGUCUGUUCCUCCAGGCGGAGAGGGGGGUGCUGGGGGAGGAGAGGCGCAAGGCUCGGCUGGAUCCAGAAUCCUUCCUGUUAUCUCUACAUAAAUCAGCAUCCGGCUCCCAUGGUACAGCGUCCCCUUUUCUCCAGUCCAGCAGCCCGCCCUCCUCUCCAUCGUGGGCCCUGCUCUCUGACCGACCCCCAGGACUUAAGACAUACCGCUCUAGUAGCCGGGGGGCGCUCAAGCUCACCAUAAAGCACGAGUCGGGAUCCCGGAAGGUGGUUCACAACUCAGCCUGCGAUGCCACGUACGCCGCCCCCUGUUCCCAGAAGCAGGACUGCGCGGGGAAGCUGACCAACGGGGGGAGCAUGCUAAGCGGGCAGGGCUCGGGGUUAUGGGACUCUCCUCAGCCCCAGAGCAGAAACCAGCAGCUUCCGCCGGGCUCGCACCCGCCGGCGCCAGCCGAGGAGGCCAGGCUCGCAAAACAUGGCGGCGGCAGCAGCAGGGUUGCCGACGCGCAGACAGCUGCCGAUUCAAGGACCGCACCGGACUCGCGGACUGCAGCGGACGGGCGGACUACCGCUCCAGAGCCGCCCACUUCAGACCCCGUCCUCAGCCCCCCCGAGCCCAAGCGGCCUCGGUCCAAUCCUCGCCAGGAGCAGCCGAGCCCGCCGCCCCCGCCGGAGGACAGUGCGCUCAGCGAGCACCUGCAGAGCGCCAUCGACAGCAUCCUGGAGCUGCAGCGCCUGCAGGGGCCCCCUGCCCUCCAAGCACGCCCCCCUCAGGACGGCAGAGGAACUUCGGCACUGGAGCAGGCUGUCAGCAGCAUCCUGGAGGGACACCUGUAAGGAGAAUGUGAAGGGGCAAACGUAGGGGGAAGAGGAACAGGAGGACAUAAAGUAAGGAAGAGGAAAAGAAGGAAAAGAGAAGGAGGCAUAACUGAUAUGCUCAGGCUUCAGUGAUGCUAAAUAUAAGUUCAAUGUCCUUUUUUCCAAG